AUGUGUUGUUGUUCAGGCGACGAAGAUGAAGAACAACGACCGGAUCCAACGAACGUGCGAGAAUGCACGGAUAUUUUCUGGCUGUGUAGUUUCAUAGCAUUUUGGUUUCUUAUGAUAUUAGUUGCAGCUUUUGCUCUUGUUUAUGGUAAUCCUUUAAGACUUAUAAAUGGAUAUGAUAGCUUUGGAAAUACCUGUGGUAUGAAAAAUAAUCCAAAGUUUGGCAGUAUGGAGCUUUCUGGGCAAGAUACUAGUGACAAACCAUACCUGUUCUUUUUAGACAUAAGCAAUGUGACACAGUCUUUGAAGAUUUGUGUGAAAAAGUGUCCAGACAGAACUAUGAGAACAAUGAAUGAUAUAUGCAGAUUUUAUGAGGAAACAGGAUCACAGCUUUGUCAUGAUAAACCAGGAAACGAUUUGAGUGCCUGUAGUAAUGGGAAUAGAAAAAAUAAAACAGGAUCUUGUCCUGAAUUACCAGUACAUAAUAGCAUACCAGUUCUUAAUCGUUGUAUUCCAAAAGCUAUUAAGGAUGUGGGAGAAACUAUAGUUGCAAAUUUAUAUGGCCUGAUUAAUUCAUGGGAUGUUAUCGAACAGGUUUUAGGAGAUUUAUACAAAACAUGGAGGGAGAUUUUGGCUUUAUCAUUUUUGGCUUUUGUUUUGUCUCUCUUUAUGAUUGCCAUAUUCCAUUUACUGGCAAGUAUUGUAACAUGGAUUGUAAUGAUUCUUGUCAGUGUCGCAACUAUAGCUGGUACAGUAUUAUUAUGGUGGACAUACAUACAAAUUAAAAGAACUUUGGACAAAACCGAUCAAAAUCAACUUCUCGAGGAAUCUGCCAGAAAUGAAAGAGCAUUUUUAGCUUUUUCUGUUGUCGCCACGAUAAUAACUGUCAUUCUGUUACUUCUUCUGGGUAUAUUGCGCAAACGUAUUGGAUUCAUGACAACAUUGUUUAGAGAAAGUGCGAAGUGUUUAGCAGAAUUGCCAGGUUUAUUUUUUCAGCCGCUACUUACAUUUGCUGCUCUAAUAUUAUUUUUUGCUUUCUGGGUAACUGUAAUUCUUUGUCUCGCAACUGCUAAUUAUCCUGGAACAAAAUCUGUACAAAUGUAUAAAAACCAUAUAUUCGACCCCUUGAAUUUGAGUUCAGUCGGAGAGAAGAGUGCAUUCAUUGAAGAAAAGAAAUUUGACUUUUCGCUGGAUUCCUUUAAAACUUUCACUCUUGUGGAGUAUGUUGAUCCAACUUGGGUGAAGUACAUGUGGUGGGUAUACAUCAUAGGAUUAAUAUGGACAUCUGAAUUUAUUAUUUCAUGUCAACAUAUGGUAAUAUCAGGAGCUGUAGCACACUGGUAUUUUAGAGGAAAAAAUGCCAGCGUGUCGCCGGUAUGCUCUGCUAUGGGAAACUUGGUUUAUUACCACCUAGGUUCUGUAGCUUGCGGCUCAUUCCUGAUAACGCUUUUCAAAUUACCUCGUUUAAUACUGACGUAUCUACACGCUAAAUUCGAGAAAACUAAAGAAACUUCUCCAUGUUCUCAGUGCGGUUUGAAAUGUUGCAUAUGUUGCUUCUAUUGUUUAGAGAAAUUUAUUCGAUACAUGAACCACAAUGCGUAUACUGUUAUCGCCAUAGAGGGAACGCAUUUCUGUAACGCAGCUAGAAUUGCAUUUGCAGCGCUCGUUUGUAAUGCAUUACAAAUAGCAGUAAUUAAUGGAGUGGGCGAUUUUAUUCUGUUCUUGGGCAAAUGUUUUGUCACAGCUGCGACUGGAAGUGUUGGACUAUUAUUCAUGAAAGAGGAUCCCAGGUUGCAUUUUUAUGCAGCACCGAUUUUUGUUAUUUGUGUCUUUUCAUUCUUCAUUGCUCACUGCAUAAUUUCUCUUUAUGAGGCUGUAAUAGAUACACUGUUUCUCUGUAUUUGCGAAGACAAAAAUUUGAAUGGCGAGAAUGGGAAAUGGCGUCAGUCGGCACUCGCACAGAUCGGAUCUAAUAACAAUGCAAAUGGGCAACAGUCUCAAGAAUUAACACCGAUGAAUACAUAAGUACAAUCAUUAUACGGCCUUUCCAGGCGCGUUACACUUUUUAUACAUUUUUUAAACAUAUUUUAUAACA